UAAAAAACCAGUCUGCUGCCGGGCAGCUGGAGCAUCUUGACAUACAAUGACUAUUUAUCAUCACUCACCAAUUCUCUUUUUAUCAUCGCAAUAAACACGGUUGAACCAAGCACAUUCUGCAGUGCUUGAAUAACCUAUACUACACCUAGAUUUCUGCAAUUUCAUUUAUCCGCAAUCAUGGUCCGGUCCCGCCUAAAAAAAAAAAAAAAAAAAAAAAGCAGCUUCGAGAGCUGUUGAUUUGCUGUACUAACGAUCCUUUGUUGUCGCGUCCAGGCUACCGCUGAUACCGUCGACCUUGGAGAGGUGCACCCGCCCAAACAAGAGUCUAUCAAGCUCUUUGAGGAGAUCGAGAAGGAGCUCAAGCACGAGCUCAUCAAGCUCCGUCACAUGCAUGACAAGCACGAGCCAGAGUACUUUGCGGCAGUCAAGGACCUCAGCGACAAGGAGCUCACGUCAUUCACGGUCGACGACUUCCUGCAAGUCCGGGUCGCGGUGGCAAGCUACGGCAUCAUCCUGUUUGGCAAGCUCCGCAUCCCGACAAUGCCGGCAGACGGGCCGGCGUACGUCCACUUCCGGGCGUUUUCAACGGGGCCCGACGACCCGGCCAAGUUUCACAGCUUCCUCACCGAGAUGAAGGAGGAGCAGGGCGGUGGCAAGACGUUCAGGGCCAUCUUUACCGACAAGGAUGAGCUCGAGUGGUUCGACAACUGAAAAUGGAAAGGGAAGAAGGGGGAGGAGCGUGAUAAGCUUUGUGAUACCAUACUUAAUACAAUACCUAUACUGAGUAAAGUUCAGUUACCGUUGGAUUUAUUUGCCUAGGCAACUACCUAGACUAGUAUAAUAUUUGCA